GAAGCUCUCUUUUUGAUGCAAGCGUGGGUAUAAAUGCAGGACCUUUGCCAUUACUCUUCUCUUUCACUCUCUCCUCAAAUACCCAUUUCUUUGUUUUUUAUUCUCUCUCUAAAGUUUUCAACUUUCUUGUUGUCUAUGUUAGCAAGAGGCCAGUUUUGAACAGAGAAGAAGCUGAAUUCAAUAAAGUUUUGUGUUUUUGUGAGGUGAAAAGCUUCAAUGGUGACCAGGGUACCAAAAGUAGAACAGAAUCUGAAAUGAGUAUAUUUCUUUUGCCGCUUUUAGUUGGCUUUCUCUCUCUUUCUCUGUGUUUCUGAUUAUCUCUGACUAGGGUUUUGAAUGGGGGGUGUAUUUAUUGUACUGAAAUCAAUAUUUGCUUUCUUUUGCUGGCUUAAUUGACUGCUUCCCUUGAGGCUUUUUCGCACUUCUUCUUUCAGCUUUUUUUAUCUGUUUUUCUUUUAUUGUCUUUCACCUGUUGCUUUUUUUUUUUUUUUUUUUUGUGCGUAAUUUUGGUACUUCAAGUUCAGUGUUAACUUUGGAAAUGCUGGUGUGAUCUUUGGUGCAUAAGUUUGGUAAUCCGAGUCUUUGUUUCAAUCUCUUGUUAGGUCUAUAACCUCAUUUAUUGAAGUGGGUCUCUCCUGUUUAGUUCUUUAAAACUGUGGUUAGCUUCAUUUGUUAGCUCACACUCAUCCUUUGUUCCAUGCCUGCCGGAUGGAUUCAGCUUCUGAAGGCAUAUCUAUGAGAUGAUUUUGAAGUUUCGUAUAUUAUGUCUAGAGAUUACUUGCUGGUUGUUCAAACACAAUUGUGAGAGAAAGGGUUUCUAUUGUCUGCUACUUUGCUAUUCUCGUUAAAGAGAGAUGGAUAUGAGUGACAAGGAUAAAUUUGAGCUAGAAAAGAGGAAUGAUAAUCCUAUGAACUACCAUUCAUCUAAUAUGUCCUCAGACUGGCGAUAUAGCAGUGCCAAUCUAGCAAGUGCGCCUAUUAAUUUGGUCCCCAGCAAUAAUCCCAUGGCAGUUGGUUCUUCUUCGUGUUCAUCUGCUCCCAUGGUAGACUCAUUUCACCAAACCAUUUGGCAGAAUCCUAUCAGUUCACAAAACUUGGGAUAUUUGGAUAUUGAUGUCCAAAACAAUGCAAGCGCCUCAAAUGCAUUAGGAAUUAGAAAAGGCAGUCCGGCCUCUUUGAGAAGUAGUAUUGAUAGACCUCUUGAUAUGGGAUGGAAUCCUCCUGCUUCAAUACUGAAGGGAGGCAUUUUCUUACCAAGUGUGCCUGGAAUGUUCCCGCAGAGCUUAUCUCAGUUUCCAGCUGAUUCCGCUUUCAUUGAACGAGCCGCCAGGUUUUCUUCCUUCAGUGGUGGAAAUUUUAAUGACAUGGUGAACACUUUUGGUGUUCCUGAAUCAAUGGGUCUCUAUUCUAGGGGUGGGGGGAUUAUGCAAGGGCCACAAGAAGUUUUUGCCGGCAGUGGGCUGAAAUCAGUAUCUGGUGGUCAGUCUCAGAAGAAUGAGAUGAAUGUGGCUGAAGUAUCUAGAGAUCCUUCCUUGUCUGUUGAACACGGAGCCACUGAUGGGAGCCCACUAAAAAAUGAAAGAAAAAGCGAGAGCCUUGUGAGAUCUCAUGAAGAAGCAAAACAAGGUGUUGGCGUUUCUGGUAAUGAGUCUGAUGAAGCUGAGUUCAGUGGCGGUGGUGGUGAUGGUCAGGAUGAGCCAUUGGCAUUGGAGGGUACAGGUGGGGAACCUUCUGCCAAGGGCCUUGCCGCAAAGAAAAGAAAAAGGAAUGGGCAGGAUACUGAACCUGAUCAAACCAGGGGAGCCCAGGUAUCUGGUGACGGUGCAAAAGAUGAUGCUGAAAAUCAACCGAAAGGGGACCAAAACCCAACUUCAACCACAAACAAGGCUGCUGGAAAACAUGGAAAACAGGGGUCUCAAACUUCAGAUCCACCAAAAGAAGAAUAUAUUCAUGUUAGAGCUCGAAGAGGCCAAGCAACAAAUAGCCAUAGUCUUGCUGAAAGAGUGAGAAGAGAAAAGAUAAGUGAGAGGAUGAAGUUUCUCCAAGACCUUGUACCUGGUUGCAGCAAGGUCACUGGCAAGGCUGUGAUGCUAGAUGAAAUUAUAAACUAUGUACAAUCACUGCAACGGCAGGUUGAGUUUCUGUCGAUGAAACUCGCCACAGUAAAUCCACGGCUGGAUUUUAACAUAGAAGGGCUCCUGCCAAAAGAUAUCCUUCAGUCACGAGCUGGUCCUUCAUCUACUUUGGGGUUUUCUCCAGAUAUGCCUAUGGCUUAUCCUCCAUUACAUCCAUCUCAACCAGGACUUAUGCAAGCUGCUCUUCCUGGUAUGGGAAACUCUUCUGACAUACUUCGGAGAACUAUUAAUUCCCAGUUGACACCCAUGACUGGAGGGUUCAAGGAUACUGCUCAGGUACCCAAUGUCUGGGAGGAUGAGCUCCACAAUGUUGUCCAGAUGAGCUAUGGAACUAGUGCUCCCCCCGAUAGCCAAGAUGUAAAUGGGUCUAUGACACCCGGUCUUAUGAAGGUUGAACUUUGAUCAUUCUCUGUCGGACUUAUACCAACAGACUACUAGGGCUGCAUAUUUACUUGCACUACUAUUUGGGGAGAUGGCGAAGUUCAUGAGUAUUCCUCUUUCCAUACUUAGAU